GUUCCAGCUAAUUUUGAUGUGGCUGCUGCUGUCGAUGUUAGAAAGCUUUACUGAACAGCUACCGCAGCAAAACGAAUCUACUUCCAGACCUGAAUACAAAAUGUUAAUUUUUGACGAAGUCAGACUUCCCCCUUUGAGUCUGUUAUCCGAGCUCUUCUUCCCGGUGUUCAGUGAAAACGGAACUAGCGCAGUCUAAAUUAUUUCGGUACAAGUUGGUACAGCCAUGUUUGGUCGCCAGCGCGAGCCCUGGGGCAUGACCCAUUUUAUCAACGAAAUUACUGGAAUGUUGUGAUUUCAAUACGGAUGAUUAUAAAU